GGGGCAUAGUACCACGAUCUAUGUAUUUACGUCUUCCUGGCAAUCUCCAGUUUCUUAAUCGGUUCAGGCGCAUUUCUACAAUGGCGGAACAGUCUUCCUCCUUUCAGAAGCCAAGGCACGUCCUGAAGAAGGUGCUGGCCAGGCCACAGUAUGAGGGGGAUGGGGCUGUGGUCAGGAGGAGCAUUGGAAGGUUGGAACUGAAGAGGUUGGACCCGUUUCUCCUCUUGGAUGAAUUUUCAGUUUCUGCUCCUGCUGGAUUCCCAGAUCAUCCGCACAGAGGUUUUGAAACUGUUACGUAUAUGCUGCAGGGAGCUUUUACCCAUCAAGAUUUUGCAGGACACAAGGGAACAAUUAGAACUGGCGAUUUGCAGUGGAUGACUGCUGGACGAGGAAUCAUUCACUCAGAAAUGCCAGCAGGAGAAGGGACCCAAAAAGGUUUGCAGCUGUGGAUCAACCUCUCUGCCAAGGAGAAAAUGAUCGAACCUCGAUAUCAAGAAUUGCAGAAGGAAGACGUGAAGAGAGCAGAGAAGGACGGCGUAGAAGUUCGUGUUAUAGCCGGGGAAUCCAUGGGAAUCAAGUCUCCAGUAUAUACCAGGACGCCCACCAUGUAUUUGGAUUUCACACUGAAACCUGGUGCCCAGGUGCAUCAGCCUAUUCCAGAGUCAUGGAAUGCCUUUGUGUACAUCAUAGAAGGGGAGGCCAUCAUUGGUACCGCUAAUUCUUCACCUGCAGCUACUCACCAUGCUCUGGUUCUGAGUCAUGGCGACGGUCUCAGUGUCUGGAACAAGUCCACGAAGCCAUUAAGGUUUGUUCUUAUUGGUGGGCAGCCGCUGAAUGAGCCUGUUGUGCAGUAUGGUCCAUUUGUGAUGAACACCCAAGCUGAGAUCGACCAAACAAUUGAAGAUUAUCACUACUGCAAGAACGGGUUCGAGAAGGCCCAACACUGGAAGUCUGAGACACUUCCAUGAUGAGCCAUUCAGCGGUGAAGUGGACCACAAUUGACGCUACAAUGAUAUUAACUGAGACUGCAAAAUAGCUGCUCAAAAUGGUAUUGAAAUCAGAAGAUAGUGCAGAUAUAACUAAGUGGGUGCUGCAGAUGCUGCUCAUAUAAAUUGGCUCCUGUUGUGCCCCAUGUUGCUGUUUUCGUCAUUUCAGGCCACAAUUUUUUCAUUUGUUGGUUGUUAGUUGGGGAGGUAGUGGUGGGUGGUGGCCCUUUGUGCGAGGGAGUUGGGUAAUGAAUGGGCCUUGCACCAAGCGGUCAUGUCAUCUUUGUAUUCAAUAGGAAAAGAAAUACAGUAUGUUCAUUAGCUGUC